AUGGUAAUUGUCUUAUUUAAUAAAUCUUAGAUCCUAGUGGUGAAUGGUCAAGAUUUAUUGAAAGAUAAAAAUUACAAGAGGAAAUAUAAGAAAAGUAGGAGAAAGAAGAAUAAGAAAAUAGAAAGCACUUAUAUAGGUAUUAUAAUUUAAAUAAAAAUAGAGAAGAAUUAGAAAGAUUGA